AUGCCGGAUGCCCUGUUCGAUCCGUUUGCCUCCAGGGUCACGCUCAAAGGCGUAGGGCGGCCGCGGACACAGGCGCCCCGGUGGGAGAGGGUCUUCUCGGGUGACCGCGCACCCGGGCCCCAUGCCUUCGGCCGGGGAAGCUCUGGGAGGCUUCUGUUUCGAGAGGUGUCAGCGAGAUGGAUGGCUAGGAAGCGCGUGUGGAGAGAGGGGUGGGGUUGCACUGACAAGUGGGUACCCCCCGAUGGAAGACUGUCAAGGAGCGGGUGUCGGUGA